AUUAUGAUAUAUAAAAAAUACUAUUAGUAUGACUACUGCCACUUGUGAAAAUUAGCGUAUUGUAAAUGACACUGUUUUUGGUAGUGUUAAUUCUUAACGAGAUGGUGUUAUUUUGUCAUUAUUCUCUUUUAAAUAGAUGUAUUAAACACUGAAUAUUUUAUUUCAUUACUUUUCAGAACAUCUAUUCCAAAACCGCUCUAGCCCUUUGAACUUAUUGAUCCAUAAGUUUGUGUUCAAUAAAAUGACUCUGGCAACCAGUAAAUCAUAUGUUUUAGAAUUUAAAUUUUUACUCUCUAAAAUCGUAUUACAAGGGUAUUAGAUAAUGGAAAGAACAAUAAAGGAACAAAUAUUUGAAUGAAAAUUUUUAGCCAUAUUUUUAUUUUAAGGCACAUAUGUAUUUGAAAGUUGUAAAUAUUUUUUAAACUUUGUUCAAAUCCUGGAAACGUGUGAUUGAAAAGAAAAAAGUCAAACGAAAUAUAAUUUGUUUUGUUCAUUUAUAUUAUAAUAAUUAUAUAUAAUCUUUGGAAUAAUAUAAUUUCCAGAGACAGAAUAAUUUUAUGACUAGCUCUACUCUUAUUUUAAAAUUUAAAUUUGUAUUCAUUUUCUUAACCAAAAUAAUAUGCAAUAUAUUAAAUAUAAAAAUAAAUACCUCAUCAACAUAUAUUUAUCAACAUUAUUAUAUAUAUUUCUAUUUAUGAUUUUCAUAUCACAUGUGCAUUUAAAAGUUUCAGAUUUUUUAAAGUUUAAUUUUAAAAUAUUUUACAGCGCUCUGGAAAUCUAAAUACAUAUGUAACCGAAAAUAAAAAAAAUAAGCGAUAUAUAACUUGUUUAGAUUAUUUUAUCAGAUAUAAUAUAUAUAAGUUUUAUAUGUAAUCUGAUGAAUAAUAACUUCAAUGUGUGGACAGAAUAAUUUUUAUUGUGCACUCUACUCUCAUUUUAAAAUUUAAAUUUGUAUUUAUUUGUAAACAAAAUGUGUAUACAAAAUGUAUAUUAUUAAGCCCUAAAUAAUAUGCAAAUAUUUCUAUUUAUUGUUUUCGUGUCACAUAUGCAUUCAAAAGUUUCAGAUAAUUUUAAAGUUUUUAAUUUUAAAAUAUACAACGCUCUAAAUUUGUGAAAAAAAAGCGCAAUAUUUAACUUAUAAUAAAGUUUCAUAUAUAAUCUGCUGAAUAAUAAUAUCAAGUGGCAGCUAAAAUAAUAAUAUGUUGAACUCUUUAAGUACUAAUUAUAGCAGUUAUUAUAAUAGUUUUUUGCGCAGAUGUAAGUAAAUCGCAACGGAAUAUUCAUAUUUUUGAGUGAGAUUCAAAUGUAGAUGUAUUUUUUCGGUCCUGCUUCUGUACGAAAUCCUGCUUCUGUAUGAAAAUUUGAAUUGAUCGGCAAAUAAAUGGCGUAGCGGGAAGGUAUAACACGCAAUACAGCCCUUAAUCAACCCCGUGCAGUCAAACUCCAGAUUUUGCUCAAGAAACAACGAACGAUUCCCGAACAUGGCUCAGUCAACAAUCGUUUUUAACAUAGAGUGUUUGUGCAUUUUUGUCAUCGCCUGCUCGACGGCCAAAGAAUACAUCGUCGAUAUACCGAACCAAGGAAGAAUUCGAGGCGAAGAAGUUUCCAAGUUUCGCAUCCAGAAAAUAAUCGCCUACUAUGGGAUUCCUUACGCUCAGGCCCCCGUAGGUCCCUUAAGAUUCGCUCCUCCAGUUACUAGUCCUUUGCCAAGUUGGGACUAUAUCAAAAACGAUACGGACUUCCAAGCUUCUUGUUUACAAGGAAAGGAAGAUUAUAAAGAAUCGGAGUUGCCCUUCUUACAACUAUUAACUGACGUACAAUUACCUUCGAAUAUAAGUGAAGACUGUUUAUACUUAAACAUUUUUGUUCCUAAUGUUUCUCCUCCACCACCUCAGGGAUUUGCAACAAUCAUAUGGAUACAUCCAGGAAACUUUACAACUGGUAUGCCAUCGAUAUGGAAUCCACACACUUUAGUAUAUAGGCAGAGAGUUAUAGUGGUUACUUUCGCCUGGAGAUUGAACAUCAUGGGUUUCUUCACGACUAUGGAUGGCGAAGCGGCAGGAAACUAUGGGCUAAUGGACCAGCAAGCCGCAAUGCAGUGGGUUAAGAGUAACAUCAAGCUCUUUGGUGGGAACGAAAAUAAUAUUUGUCUCAUGGGAUAUGGUACUGGGGCAAUUAGUAUUGGGAUACAUAUGGUCAAUUCGGAAUCCAAAGCGCUGUUUCAUAAGGCAAUCGUAAUGAGUGGUAACAUGUUUCAACCAUCCGCUGUAAGAUCUCCUGAAGAAGAUAAACCAGUUAUAGACAGACUGGCUAAAGAUUUCGGUUGUAUCCGGAAGCCUACAUCACUAUUCAUUGAUUGUCUUCGACGUGUAGACGGAAAUCUUUUGGUACAACAAACUUCAAAUGUCAACUGGAGACCACUACUGGAUAAAGACUUAAGUAAUUCAACUUUACCUUUUCUGCCAGAACCCAUAAAGGAUUUCUUUGACAGGGACGAGUAUGUUAAGAUUCCAGUGCUAACUGGCUAUACCAACAUGGAACAGGCUUUGGAACUGGACGAUAUAGAGAAUUCAACUAUACACUAUACACCUGAAACCUUUAAACAGUUAUUAACAGAUUUAGUGAGCGGAGACAUUCCAAAUAUAAACAGCAGCGAGACAGGCUGUGACUAUAAUUACGAACAUAUUAUAGAUUCUGUCUUGUUUUUUUAUACACCGACAACGCCGAACUAUAACGCCGAAAUAUUUCGGAAAACCGCUGUUGAGUUUAUGCUCGAAAAAACUUACGGUUCCUCAACGAUCUUUUUAGCUUCCAAAUUGACCAGAGACAAUCAACCUACCUACGUAUACAGGUUCGACAUGAAACCAAGUACCAAGGCUGUGGUAAAGAAUAUCCCUAACUGGGUAAGCGUGCCCCAUUUGUUUGACCUCAUCUAUGUGUGGGGAGUACCGUACUGGAGACAAGAUCAGGAUUGGGAUUAUAGAGAUAAAAGAAUAUCGGAUACCAUAAUGUCGUUUUGGACGAACUUUGCCAAGUAUUCAAAUCCCACUCAGGGUACUUCUUAUCCUAUAAAAUGGGAGGCUUAUACUAUCGAAAGACCCGGGUUAUUGAUUAUUGAUAAUAGUUUCAACAUGAGUUCUUCCGGAAAUCUCAAUUAUAAAGCGUUUACGUUUUGGAACGAAUAUUAUCCGAAAGUUUUAAGUGUAUCUACUGAAUGUUGUGGUUUGUCUGGCGGCAAUACAUACAAUUUUACUUAUAUACUCAUAAUAUUAGUUAUCAUUCUUCCAAUAUUAUUGUAAUAUACAUUUUAAGUGCAUUAAUUCUUCCAAUAGGAUAGCAUACACUUCUUUAUAUUAAGUAUAUUCAAUAGGAACAGCU